AUCGACUCAGUAGAUCUUUUCAAUAUUAUUCUCUGUAUUAAUAAUUAGAAGCCUCCACACAUUACCACUAACACAAGUUAGGGUUUGUUGUUGCAGCAAUCUCCCCUCAUCCGCCGCUUCCAGAUGGAAAAUUCGAGAUCUAGCGAUCGACUCAGUGAGUUGCCCGACUCGUUAAUCUUCAACAUCUUUGAGUUGUUGCCGAUGAAUGACGUUGUUAAGACAACAAUCCUCUCCAAGCGUUGGAAAGAUCUUUGGAGAACCGUCCCCUUCCUUAAUUUCAGUGAUUCUCCGAUCGGAUAUGAGCCAGAUACUACGAGUAUUCAAGAUUUUGUUAAUCGGGCACUAAUACUGUGGAGAGGGAGCAAGAUUCUGAAAUUUAUGAUUGAGUUCAGAUCACAUCAUCGUCACGUAUUUGAUGAUGAUUUGAAUGUGUGGGUGCGUUGGGCAAAAGAGAGACAAGUCGAAGAGAUACACUUAAGCAUUAUUGGGUGGGAACCGUACCAGUUGCCGGAUUGUCUCUACUCGUGUUCAUCGCUCAAAGUGUUAGUGUUGUCCCUCGGUGAUAUUCGCCUUUGGCCGCCUAUUGAUGGGAACAUCAAGUGGGAUAGUCUUAAGAGUUUAACGAUUGAUUCGGAUUACUUUGGUCUCGAUCCGAAAUUUUUCAACAAAGCUUUGCGUGGAAGCCCUAAUUUGAAAGUAUUUAACUUCACUCUGUACGAACUUUAUAGCGAAGUAGGAAACGUGUUUAUCCAAUCUAGUAGUUUGAAGAAGCUCUCGAUUCACAAGACUUUUUAUCAAGAAGAUAAAGAGCUGGAAAUCGUGACUCCGAAUCUUGAAACGUUGGAAAUUUCAGGAUAUCCAUACAGAAGAUGUGUGUUGAGUGCCUCCUCGUCUUUGACCGAUGUAACUCUUAGAUUUCAUGGAAAUGAGAGUUUAUUUGCUGAGAGUUUUGCUUCAUGGGAGCACGAUUUUGGGGAAACAUUGAGUCAAAUUCUUCCAACCAUCCAACAUGUUGAAAGAGUGAAAUUAUCGACUCCGUGCAUCCAGGUGCUAGAGCGCACGAACAAGCAACAUUUGCUUUCACGCCCAUAUUUUAUAGUUAAAGAUCCGAGUUCGAGGGUUUUUUAGGACAGUAACUUAGAUUGAUUUGGAAAUUAGGACAAUAACUUUCGGACUUGUAAAAAUAGGACACUAAUUUUUUUUAAGAGUAAAAUAGGACACUAAUUAAUAAGUAUUGCAUCCGCAGGACAUUUUUCGGCCAAUUAUAAGCCGAGAAAUGUCCUAUUUUUACGACGUUUAUUAAUUAGUGUCCUAUUUUUACUCUAAAAAAAAUUAGUGUCAUAUUUUUAUAAAUUCGAAAGUUUUUGUCCUAAUUUUCAAAUCAACAUAAGUUAUUGACCUAAAAAAUCCUCUGACUCUUAAAGAUCCUGUUGAAUUUUGUGGGCCGGCGAGUGUGGUGUUUCUAUGAGUAAAAGGAAUCAUGCCAUCACAUUCUUUGGCAUCAAUAAUUAAUAGCAGAGAUCUUCCUCGACUGCACUCUGCUUGAUUUGGGUUAAUUUGUUGAAAAAAGUUUGCAACGACUUAAUUAUACUGCUUAAUUGUUGGUGUUGAACUGAUAUUAUGCAAGUAAUUUUGUGCGAUUUCCCUCAGUUGGAGGUGUUUAUCUUGUUUUUGUAGAAGAAUCCAAUCUAGUAGUUUGAAACAUCUGAAAGUAUUUGUAUGAAUCUAAGAUGAUGAUGAUUAUGUGAUCCAGAGACGCAGCUGAGAAUCAUAUCAGGUGUUUCAUACACCAAGUGUUUGAUGAAAGUUCCAUCUUUACCUCGUGCAAAUCUUUUGUUUUAUGGUCCGAAUCUUUUGAAGCAUAUCAUUCUUCCUACAAUCCAACCCCAAACACCACCCCACCGGCGUCCGGGCAUUUUUUUAAUGUGGGAUUAUAUAAAAGUACACUGUGUAAAUAGGUCCAUAUUUAUUUUUGGAAAAUUGGAUGCGCAUAAAUCU